ACAUUUGAAGAGUUACAAUAAUAUUUGAAAUCAAUAUACGUAAUUCGAAUAGUCUUCUGGCAGACAUUUAACAGUUAAGACUUUAAUACUGGUAGAAACAAUUAUUUAAACUGAUAAAAAGUUUUAAACGCAUUAGUUAAAAAACUAUUUGAAAAGUAUUUAAUUUAAUUUUAACGGAUUGAAAAUAUGGUGCCACCUCCUCAACCACAGUGCGGUCCACCAUGUCAACCUCCACCAUUUCAACCGUGUCAUCCACCACCUCCGCCGCACCACCAUCAUCAUCGUCCAGGAAUAAAAAUUGAAAUUAUUCCCCCAUGGCGACGUCGUCAUCAUCAUCCACCACCGCCACCUCCUGCUUCUCAAGUAGUCGUAGUUAUGCCGCCUGGUCAAAAUCAACAACCAUCAUAUCCACAGGGUCAACCAGCUGGUUACUAUGUACCGCCAUCAGGACCUCCACCAGCUCAUUAUCACAACCCGAAUUAUUAAUUGUUCCAUAAAUAAUUACCACGAAUUUCUAUUUAUAUGCCUAAAGUUUAUACUUUGAUUCAAUAAAAUACAUGUUUAUUUAGAUAUAGGUUAACUGAAAAAA